AUGAGACCCUCUACAGUUGGAAUUGUAUCGAUCGAAGAGAUGGGCCCAGUGAACACCCACUGGCGCGAAUCCACUCAGAAGAUCGAGAUCCUUCCCUCAGACCAAGCACUAGUAAUCCAAGUCGACUACGUACUUUCGAUCGUACCACUGCAGAAGGCAGCGGCGACAGCGCAACGAAUAGCGCGCACUGCCGUCGACGGGCAAUCUCCGGGAGGCUAUUGA